AUGCAGCUGAACGAGCUGAUGGACAAAAUAUUAACGGAAGAAAAUUUCCAAGAAAACAGUGACCGUGAUAAAGAUUUUUUGCAAGAAUUAUAUUUUGUGAAGAGCCACAAGUUAUUUGAUCUCGUAAGCGUUGAACAAAUUGGUUGCCUAAAAGAAAGUCAGACAAGAGCGCAACAAUCGAGUGCUGAUGGAAAAGGAAUCAGUGAGGCAAUUGUUGGACUUGAAGCACAGCUUGUUGUGACAACAAGAAACAAGAAAUGCCAACAAUGUUAUGAUAAUAAUGACUGUGUCACACUGGAAGGUAGAAAUCGUGAAGGCGAAAACUGCGCAGCUGAAGUGCAAAUUCAAGAUAACAAAGAUGGUACUUACAAGAUCAAAUACUUUGCCAAAGAAACAGGAACAUGCAGUGCAUCAGUGAAGGUUAAUGGAGAACAUAUCCGUGGUAGCCCUUUUGAGGUUCAAGUCAAACCCAGACAGUUCAGACCUGUGUUAUCUUUUGGACAACAAAUAUUGAAGAAGCCUUUCGGGGUAGCAGUUAAUGAACAAAAUGAAAUUGCAGUGAGUGACGUUGGUAACCAUAAGGUUCAUUUAUUCAAGAACGAUGGAACUCAUAUUAAAUCUUUUGGUGGAGAGGGAGCAGAACACGGUGAGUUUGACUGGCCUUCCGGAAUAGCGUAUCAUAGUGACAAUAUUAUUGUAGCUGAACAGGGUAAUCACAGAGUUCAAGAACUGAGUAGACAGGGGGGAUACCUUCGCCACUUUGGGGGAAAAGGAAGUCUUGAUCACCAACUUAACUUUCCUACUGGUUUAUCUAUUGACAGUGAUGGCAAUAUCAUUGUAACUGAUAGGGAAAACAAAUUAAUUAAGAUCUUUUCUGCUGAUGGACAAUUUUUACACAAACUUGGCACAGAGAGCUCUGUCACCGAACCCUUUCACUGUAUCCAACAUGAAAACUAUCUAAUAGUAUCAGACGAAGGUGAUAAUUCUGUAAAAUACUUUGAUAGGAAGGAUAUCUUUCUUUAUAAAUUUGGAAAGAAGGGAGAUGGGGAUGGAGAGUUCAACUCACCUCACUGCCUGUCCAUGCACAAGGGAGGACACCUGAUGGUUUGUGAUAAAAACAAUAGAGUUCUAAAGCCAUGACGUCACGUUGCGUGGCAACGGAAAAAUUUGGGUCUAAACAAAACGGAUGGAGUAAGUCAUGGCGGCACUUUCGAUAUCAUCGCUGGCUUCCUUUUUCUCUGAUGAGCAGAAGUCCUUAACAAGAGGUGAAAAUCAUUAUCAGUCUAAUCACAUAGAAAGUUUUUCCUUCAGUGAUGGUGUCAUUCGUGGAGAAGUUCACGCUAGCAUGAAGAAAAAAGUGUAUAAAGUGACGGUAAGUGAUCGAUACUUUCAACCAUGUUGAUUCUUGUCGAUUCUAUCAACCAAAUGGCUUUUAUGCAUUUUGUGGCUUCACUCAGUCAUGUUGAUCGUUAUUAUAUCUAAUACAAAUAUUUAAAAGAAAGCUUAAUUCACGAUUUGGAGGCCUAAACGCAACCGACGGUACCUCGCUCUGUUUUUUAUGUUAAAAGGUAAUUUCGCCACGUUCCCCAUCAUGAAUUAAGCUUUAAUAUAUGAAAACUUACAAACGCCUUACAGUUCCCCAAAUAAUACCAGUUUUCUCCGCGAUUUUAGAUUUAUUUAGACGAAGAGAAGAACAUUAAAUCAACGGAUUGUGAGUGUCCGCGAGGGAUGUUUAGGUGUAGUCAUGCUGCCGCUUUGUUUAUACAUGGCCUAUACAACCUCAGUAGAACAGACAUUGAAUGCCAGUGGAAAAAGCGAAAAGCCACAAACUCGUUGCUGCCGUCAGUGCAAGAAAUGUUUCCUCCUGCAAAACCUGCAUACCGUGCUCUUUUAAGAGACCCAACUCGUGAAGAACGUAGUGAACUUUUCCAAAGGCUGAAAAACUAUGGUAAAUUUACUGGACUUUAUUGGCUCAUGAGCCCUGAACCACAGACUCAGUCUAAGUCCUUGCCAGUUGCUACAGUAGAAGAUGUUAUUUUCCAAGAGGAAUUUCUACUGUUGCAAGGCCUCCAAGAACAACGUCAGUAUUUUCUGAAUAAAGUCAGUGUUGAAUGGAAAACUAUUGAAGAUGUAAGCCGCCUUACUGCUGGACAAAGGGACAAUCCUUCUUGGCAAAUGAUCAGGAGGGGUCGACUGACAGCAAGUAACUUUGGUUCAGUUUUAAAUGCCAAGCGUGUUACCCCGUCCUUAAUCAAACGCCUUCUCGGUGAAUACGAUCUAUCAAGGGUGAAAGCUGUCCAGUAUGGGGUAUGCAAUGAAUCUGAAGCCAUUAACGCAUUCAGGCUCAAGACUGGCCUGGAUGUGGUGGAAACAGGUGUGUGGCUACACCAUUCUGGAGUCCUCGGUGCCUCUCCUGAUGGAUUGGUUGGAGAAGAUAGUGUUCUAGAGGCUAAGUGCCCCUAUACACACCGAGAUUUGACUAUUGAGGAAGCCAUUAAGACCAGCAACUUUUACCUUGAAAAGAAGGAUGGGGAAAUUGUGUUGAAACGUGACCAUGUUUACUGGCACCAAGUCCAGGGCCACUUAUUUCUCACCAAGAGAAAGAAGUGUUACUUUGUCGUCUGGACGUUGAAAGAUUUUGUAGUUCUUGAAAUUCAGCGGGAUGACUCUUGGGAGAUUAAGAUUGAAGAACUGAAAGAAUUUUAUUUGAAACACCUUUUCCCAAAAAUUAUUGAGGGAGAACUCUAAAACUUUCAAUUCUUUUUUUUAUUAUUAUUUUUCCAUUAUAGGGCACUUCUUGUAUGACUGAAACACAAUUUUUAUGUUGUGUACAGGGCUAUACAUGAUAUGGGCUGUCCACCUUUCAAACUUGUUGCUGUUCGGAAAAUUUUCAAUUUCACAGUAUUUUUAUUCCUAAAUAAUAAUGUAUGAAAUGUAACCUGUUAAUUUUAUUGUUUAUAGUUCCUUAGUUUGUGACAAACAUUAAAAUAAGUAAGUUUCUCUUUGAAAACUUGUUAUGACUGAGUCUGUUUCAUUCAACCCUUUAACUCCUAAGAGUGACCAACUUUAAGUUUCUCAUAAGUUAUAGAAACACUACCCAAUCAAACACAUGACUGUUAACCCUCUAAGUCCAAAUGUACAAAUACACAUACAAAUCCUGCAGACUGAGCAGACUGAUAUUAUACAUUUUCUUAAAGUAUUAGCAAGAGAAUGUGCAGUAGUACAUGUAUCAUGAAUCAUAAAAAUUUAUUUUGAUGUUAUGAAACAUGCAUGCAUAUACAACAUUAAGAAGGAAAUAUUAAAUCACUCGAAUUGCUUCACUUCCUCUGCAGGCAUCCUGAACUUAAACAUGUACCAUAACAAAAGCCUACUGACAGAAGAUCUUAAAGAAUAUGAUGAUUAAAGAACAAUAAAAAGUACACCCAACUGUACAAUAUUGCUUUUGAGAAUAUCACUUAUGUAUCCACUUAACUGGCAAUGUACAUUAAAUUUCCUAGUCAAAGUCUGUUCCCUCACACCCCUCUUUAAUUAAAGGAAACUGCAAGUUGACAAUAGCUGCACAUAACUGAAACACUUUGUCAAUGUGAGACCUUAAGUAUGGAGGGACAAAACUCAGAAUUUUAAAAUCUUUGAGCCUUGCAUUUGCCCUUUCAACAUGUAUGCGACAUCUAGCAAUUGACUUGGUUAACUUGGCCUCACUUUCAGUAAAUUUACCGUGUUCAAGAAAUGGUGGAAUGUUCACAGACACACCCUUAGGAACAAUGUCUUGAAUGAGAAAUCCUUUGUCUGCUAAGAUCAGAUCACCAGGAACAAAGUGCUGUAGAAAACCAGAUUGCUGGACAAUCUCUUUGUCAGAGAUGGAUCCAGGGUAGAGGUUGCUAAUGUAGGUCAACACUCCAUUAGGUGCAACCCCUGUCAAAACUUUGAAUGAGUUCAUCCCACGGUAACUUGAAUAGGUCACAUUUUGUUGACUCAUAAGGCUUGGUGUGGCCACUUCAAUGUCAGUACAAUCAAUAAUAAUUCUGCAACUCGAGAACUCUGAAAAGGAUGAUGGCGAACACAAGCAGUUCUUGUUCCUGGAAGGAAUCACUCUCAUCAGAUCAUCAAACAGCAGUGUAUGUAAGAUGUGUACAAAUGUUAUAACUAUGUUAGAAAUUGUCCCAACACUGCAUGAAAAUAGCUGUGCCAGGUGUAAAUUGGUGUAGUUUUGCCGUAAUUUCAUAAGUGUUAUGAAGAUUUGGUCCUCAAAGGUUAUGGACUCGACUUUCCAUCCACAGUAAUAAGAAAUGGAGUCCUUGAAUUUAGCUGUAUAAUCCAUUACAAUUGUGAAAAUCUCCUUUGUUGGUAAACCAGUUUCCAUUCUGAUUACUUCAGAACUCAAGUUUGAAACAGAGUAAUGUUUUUUCUGAUACUGCAUGGUGUCCUGGUGAUAGUUCAGCUCCUGCUUUGCUACUUUUAAUUCUGCCUCUAAGAUUAUUUGCUCAGUUGGAGUUGAGGAUCUUUCGUCCCAUGUAUCUGAAGACUCUGUAGAUCUGGCAUUAAUGAUGGCCAUGGUAUCUUUAACAGUCGGUAACUUAUUAACCAAUGAUUUGGGUUUCUUUUUCUUUUUCGGAGGAGUUUUUUGUGACGGGAAUAGUUUAUCAGCAUUCCACUUGAAAAUUUCCGGCCCUGCAGAUUUCUUUCCACGUCUGAAAUGACAGCUGCACACUUUGGAAUGCUUGCUUGGUUUUCUGUCAGCUCUCCUGAUAUAGAACAUUACCCUUCAGAUUAACAUUAAGAGGUUUAAACAGCGCCAAAAUUUAGCUUAAACUAUCGGAAUACUACUUGUGCCUUACACUUCUCGCCAUACAUUUACAAAGCUCAAGUAUUUCUUUAUCACCGUUAUCAUUGUAAAAAAACUUGCACCCAAAUUGCACGAUGGUGAAAAACCAUACAAAAACAGCAAACAUUCAGCCUACCUUAGCAAGCGAACCCAUCGGUCAUAUUCUUCCUUGUCCUUCUCUGGAUUUGGAAACAGAAAGAACCGGCAAGUAUGCGAUUCCGAAUUAUGGUUACAUUCCGGAGCAAAGCAAUGCAUGUUCGUGACCUUUGUGGCCUUUCACUGUGGGGAUCGACCACCUACUCACAGAUAAAUUUCUCCAUAAAAUCGCACGUACAGCUUCAAACGUUUGCAUCGAGCACAACAGUGGAGUCCAUAAACCAUUGUUUUUUUCAUUCUUUGGAAUAGAAAGUCCUACAUGUCGAGAUUAUUUAGCGAACAAUACGAAACCGCAAUUAACAAUGGCGUCCGUAUUGCAGCUUGGUUUUGUUUAGACCCAGAAAAAUGGUUGUCAUGACAGCGUGACGUCACACUUUAGUACUCUAUAACAGGAUUCAGGUGUUUGAUCUGAGUGGGAAGUUUGUCGCUAAGUUUGGAACAAAAGGAAGCGGGAUGGGAGAGUUUAAUAGGCCGGUCUCAGCAGCGGUUCUUAGUGAUGGUAAAAUAGUUGUGUCUGACAUCAGCAACAGUCGUAUUCAGAUUUUUGAAUAA